AUGAGCACGAGUUCCAGUUUUGUCGUGGCCAAACGUUUUGUCCUCUUCUGUCCACCAAAGAUUAUCCUGAGAUGCUCCAUUGAAAGGAUUAGGCUGAAAUACUCGGAUUUUACUGGUUUCUACCAGAUCAUGUCAUCGUUCAGCGAGGCAAUGCACAGAAAGCAUCUUGUGAGCGACUUCCUGCCGGUUCUUGGAGCAGAUCUUCCUGAACGCCUAAAAGACGGAGGAAUGAUGUGCCUGGAUGUCGGAAAGGAUGACGGUCUAACGUUCGACAAUUUGGCCUUUAUACAAAUGAAUGCUGGCGAGAUGGACGCUGACUGGACAAACAAAUUCGACGUAGUGACGAUCUUUGACGCUUGCCACGAUCAAAUGAGACCUGACUUGUGUCUCAAGGAGAUCUACCGAGUUCUAAAACCAGGAGGUAUUUUUGGAAUGUUGGAGAUAAAAGGAUCGUCAAACGUGUACACCGACCGAAAGGAGAUUGGAGAGCUUGCUGCACAUAUGUACGGUUGUUCAGUACUCCAUUGCCUUCCAGUAGGCAGUAAUUCACCAGCCAUAAUUAAUUUUUCGGCUUCUCGUACGGUAGCAGCUGGUCUGGUCCUAGUUUCACCUUCUUACUCUGCUAGCUAUUACUGCUGCUUCUUUGACUCUGAAUUUCGCACUCUUACAUUGGCAUAUAUAGAAACUAAUUCAGAUGCUCUCGGACUUGGAACGAUGUGGGGAAAAGAAAGGGCCAAGAAUUUACUCAGGCAAGCUGGCUUCACGAAUAUCAACAUCGUUCCCACAACGAUUUUCCCUGUUAAUGACUUCUAUCAAAUUGGCAUCCACGGAACGAUAUCGGCCAUCAUUGCAUUAGGCUACGAAUUACAUCUGUUUGAAGCGUUGGCUAAAGUCGGCAGUGAAGAGAAGCCUGCAACACCAAAACAGGUGGCCGACGAAAGUGGAUGCAAGGAAAGAUAUGUGAAAGAAUGGCUGUCGGUGAUGGCGACAGGCGAGAUCAUCGAAGUCAACGAAGAGGAGAAAUUCUGGAUACCAAAGGAACACGUUGCGGAUCUUACGUCUGGCGUGGCUUUGCAAAUGAAUCUGUUUCUUCCGUUACAUCUCAAGAGUUACGACAGCUUAUGUGCAGUAUUCAGAAAGGACGGUCCACUCGGGCUGAAAUACUCAGAUUUCACUGGUUUCUACAAGAUUAUGUCGGAAUUCAGUGAGACCUUACACAAGAAGCACCUCAUCAGCGACUUUAUACCAGCUCUUGGAUCAGAUCUGCCAGCACGUCUGAAAGAUGGGGGUCUGACGUGCCUGGAUGUUGGAUGUGGGAACGGUUUCCAUGCUGCACAUCUGGGCGAUGGUAUAUACGUAGAAGCUGGGGAAGGUUCACAGUUGCAUAUUUCAGCUCAACAUUUUCCGAAUUCCAAGUUUGUUGGCAUCGAUGUAACCUCGGAAGCGGUGAAUCAGGCUAAUCAACGAAGGAAAGAUGAUGGGCAAGCGUUUGACAAUCUAACAUUCAUUCAAAUGGACGCCGGGAAGAUGGAUCUCAGUUGGUCGAAUAAGUUCGACAUGGUGACGAUAUUCGAUGCCUGUCAUGAUCAGAUGAGGCCUGACUUGGUGAGCCACUGCUUAUGCUUUAUUAAAUCUCCCUAUCGUCCCACACAGCUCUAA